AUGUCUCAAACAGUCGGCAGAACACGCCUCGCCUACGCGCGCUCGUGGCACCUCGUCGACAUCGGCUCCGAUCCGCGCGCCCUCGGUCGCAUCGCCUCCAGCAUUGCCCUAACCCUCAUGGGGAAACACAAGCCCAUCUUCGACCCGUCCACCGACUGCGGCGACUAUGUCGUGGCCAUUGACUGCGCGAACCUGCACACCACCGGCAAAAAGCGCUUCCAGAAGCUCUACCGUACACACACAACACGGCCGGGCAGCUUGAAGGAAAUUAGUAUGGAUCGGAUGAUUGCGAAGUGGGGAGGCGGAGAGGUGCUGCGGAAGGCGGUGAGUGGAAUGCUGCCGAAAAAUAGGCUGAGGAAGGAGAGGUUGGCAAGGUUGAAGACAUUUGAAGGGAGGAGUCAUCCGUAUACGGAGAAUCUGUUGACGGUGAGCGUGGGUGGGGGGCAGGGGAUUGCAGAGCAUCCAGACGUGAAGAAGGCAUUGGCAGAGGCGAAGCAAAAUACGGAAGUGCCGGCUUCACGACCAUUGAGCUGUUGAGGCUUAGGAGGGUCUGUGAGAAUAUGUAUUUCUAGGUGGAGGGUGCAUGGCUUGUGGAGUCCAUAUAUGCCUUCUUGAGGCGGUUCAUUGUAGCACACCACAGAUGUACGGUCAUGAGAGUAGCUCCUCUACAGUGAAUUAUAUACGAACAAAUACGGGACGUGGCCAGGUACAUCCUAAGCAAAAGGUCACCCGAGCUACCAGAUCAAGAAGGCCGGUAAGCUUGACAUGAAUGGUGUCGGGGCUAAUAUUGCUCGCAAAACACAAUGGAGUAUGAGUAGCGGAAAAGGUAUAUUAUAAAGC